GGAGAGAUCGACAAAUCAGCCUGGUACCAAGAGGAGACUGGUGUCAGGGGAGGGUGAGACUGACUCUUAAAUGCACUAAAUCCAGAACCAUGGUGAGGGGGGAGGCAGAGGGAGACGCUUGGGCCUGGUACAUUACCGCAUCCAGUUUGCUCAUCCUCCCUGUAGAUCACUAAACCAGAGCAUCCUUCAUUCCCAGAGGGGAUAUUCCAGAUCUAUGCGAGGUGCUCUGAGCUGACAUGGAAAACAACAGGAAUUGAAGCUGAUUCCAGAGAAGUGGUGCCUCUGCCGGGGAUUCUCCACUUAGUCGGAGGGAGGAGCAGGUUAGAAAAUGGAGUUUGUGGCUUAUGCCAAUGUAAGCAGCCUCUUCCUGCUGAUGAUGCUACCCUGGUUCCUGACAAUCGCUGGACAGGUUGCGAUCAAAGUACCCUUGAAGAACUGGCCUGGUCCUAGUGGAGCCCAGGGGAACAGGGUGAAGAGGUCAACUGAGGAUGAGACGGGACACAACACCAACUUCAUGGACAUGAGAGACAAUCUAAGGGGAAAAUCAGGCCAGGGAUAUUAUGUGGAAAUGAAGGUGGGCACUCCCCCCCAGAAGCUCAAUAUUUUAGUGGACACUGGGAGCAGUAACUUUGCAGUAGGUGCUGCCCCUCACCCAUUCCUUAAGAGAUAUUACCACCGUCAGCGCUCCCGAACAUACCGAGAUGUCCGAAGAGGGGUGUAUGUGCCUUACACGCAGGGGAAAUGGGAAGGGGAGUUGGGUACUGAUUUGGUGACCAUACCACAUGGACCCAACGUCACCAUCACAGCAAACAUUGCAGCUAUUACAGACUCUGACAAAUUCUUCAUUAACGGUUCCAACUGGGAAGGGAUUCUGGGCCUGGCAUAUUCUGAGAUUGCACGGCCUGAUGACACAUUGGAGCCAUUCUUUGAUUCAUUGGUGAAACAGACUCGGGUCCCUAACAUUUUCUCCCUGCAGUUGUGUGGAGCAGGGUUUCCUAUUAACGAAAGCAACAUGACGGCAUCUGUGGGAGGCAGCAUGGUGAUUGGAGGGAUUGAUAGCUCUCUUUACACGGGCAAUAUCUGGUACACACCAAUCAGAAAAGAGUGGUACUACGAAGUCAUCAUCGUAAAGAUUGAGAUCAAUGGGCAGGAUCUUGGGAUGGACUGUAAAGAGUAUAAUUAUGAUAAGAGCAUUGUGGACAGCGGUACAACCAACCUGCGCUUGCCGAAGAGAGUGUUUGAUGCAGCGGUGAAGUCAAUCAAAGCUGCGUCCUCGACAGAGAAAUUCCCAGAUGGCUUCUGGCUGGGGGAACAGUUAGUUUGCUGGCAAGAAGGCACCACUCCAUGGCAUAUUUUUCCUUCCAUCUCCUUGUAUCUAAUGGGCGAGUCCAACAACCAAUCUUUCCGGAUCACCAUCCUACCACAGCAAUACUUGCGCCCAGUGGAGGACAUCUCUACAUCACAAGAUGACUGUUACAAAUUUGCUAUAUCCCAGUCCACUACGGGAACAGUUAUGGGAGCUGUUAUCAUGGAGGGCUUCUACGUUGUCUUUGACCGUGCACAUAAACGCAUUGGGUUUGCUGUCAGCACUUGUCAUGUACAAGAUGAUUUUCGUACGGCCUCUGUGGAUGGCCCAUUUUUCAUUUCUGAUCCAGAAGACUGUGGUUAUAACACCCCUCAGCUGGACGAGUCUGCUCUUAUGACUACAGCCUAUGUAAUGGCAGGAGUCUGCGCACUCUUCAUGCUACCCCUCUGCCUCAUGUUGUUCCAGUGGCGUUGUUUCCGUUGUUUGAGGCGAGCGAGAGACGAUUUUGAUGACAUCUCCCUGUUGAAGUGAGAGGUUUUCACUUCCUGACCCCCUAAUUGGCUGCACGGUGGAGAGCGGCCAGAUCUUGUAACCUGUUCCGGGGAUCAGAAGUUACACUGAGCUCCUCCUAAAACUCCUACUCUAACUUAAGGAAACAAGAUCAAAUUUGGAGUGGAAAGUUCAUAAAUUAUUUCUCAGCCUUACAGGAAAACAGACUAAACGUAAAAUGCAAGACUACAUAGAGCUUUUAAAACUUAAAGCCAUACAGAAGAUUAAUAGGGUACAUAUUGUUGGGAGUCACAUUUAAGACAGCUGGUUCUGAAAAGUAUUUAUCAUGAGGUUUUACAUAUGAACUCAUCCAGCAGGAAUGAAACUUGACAGAAAGCAGAUGAAAGUGGAAGAGGUUGCGAUACAGAAGAGACAAUAGGUGGGGUGGGUGGGAUUGGUCAUAUGUCAUCCAUCUUGGUUUAGUCCAGAGUUUCAACAGGUUGGCCCAGAACAUCAGUUAGUGCCUAGAUCAUUCAUCCAACUCUGGCAACAAGGAAAGAGAGGCAUUGAUUUUGUGUGUCCCUUUAAAAAACACAUUUAAACACUGGCACACAAUGCCCCAAAGUGUGGUUUCACGUUAAAAAAGUUAAAUCAGUGCUCUUUGAAAGUUAAAUUACCUCCUGUAGCCAAAUGGGGCUCAACAGAUUGUGAACCUAAAAGCUGCUUAAAAAGAGGGAUAUGCUGAGUACAGAUUGAUGUUCACAGCUAAAAGUACAUUAAAAGGAAUCUAUAAAGA